GAUAAAGGGAUGAGGGUAGAGGUGAGGUAGUAAGGAAAAUGGAUAAGGGGAAGGAAAAGGGUGUCUGUAUAAGUAGAUUAGCAGGUUAUCUGAGGCCUGGCCUGGCUCCCAAAUCUUUGUCAAUUUAUCACCCUCAUGUGUUCAACAUUCAAUCUCAACUUUUAAUGUAUUAUGCCUAAAUGUCAGCACUUCUUGCAUUUUAAAUGAACUGUUUUUGACCCGAGGUGAUGCUUAGACUCUCCAUUGUCCUCACAGGUGAAGCCAGUGCUUCCACGAUGUGGGACAACCAGGCCUGGAGCUACCUUCCCUCAGACAGGGAGGGGGCCAUGCCCCCCUUCCUGGCCCAGGACUUCAUCCACACAGUCCAGCCUGGCGCCAAGAUCCUCAUCAUGCUUAGAGAUCCAGUAGAAAGGUGUUGUGGAGAAAUCCAUCGACUUUAUUCGGACUAUUUGUACUUCAAGAUCGCCAACAAGUCAGCAGAGGACUUCCAUCAGAAGGUCGUGGACUCUGUAUAUCUGUUUCAGUCCUGCCUGUCUGAGGGUUCACUUCGUUCGUGCGUCUACGACACCAGCCUCUCCAACUCUAUGCCGGUGAGGCUACAUUUAGGGAUGUACAUCAUCUUCUUUCUGGACUGGCUGACAGUUUUCAACAGAGAGCAGAUUCUAGUUCUUCGACUCGAGGACUACGCAGCCAACCUUGAAGUGACAAUCAAGAAAGUCUUUGAUUUCUUGAGUGUAGGCCCUCUGUCGCAGCAGGGGGAGGCAGCGCUCACCAGACGGCCCCUCUCUAACACCCGGAGGACAGCCGACAGGAACCUGGGUCCUAUGCUUCCAGCCACCAGAGACUUUCUCAGGGAAUUUCACAAACCCUUUAAUCAUAAACUGGCCAGUGUGUUGGACAAUAAAGCCUUCCUCUGGAGUAACACCUGAAGGAGCAUGGACCAUUAGUUGAUGGUUGUGAAUGAGCAGACAGAAAAGAGGUAAAGCAGGACUUUAUAAGGUAAUGUACAGCUGGAGAACUCAUACACAGUGCAUAGUUGUAUAUGGAGUUAAAUGAAGGUCUGAUUUAGUGUAUGGGUUUUAGUUGUGAUAUUUAUUUGAUCUUGAAAGAAUGUGAGUGACUCAUUGAGUCAAGAAGAUGUUAAUAAAAUAAGAUGAAUUUGUGUUUUAAUUUGA